CAGCUAAGCAGUAUAAAUAAUGCACAUAUCGUUUAUUAGAUGUUAAUUCGUAUAUCUUUGAGCAACCAAUUCAAAAAUUAUAACUUUCAAACAACUAUAAUGGAAUCAAAAUAUUUGCUGUUACUGUGCAUUGGGUUCGCAUUUUUAUUCAGUGUUUGCCACAGUUGCGAUUGUGAUUAUCAUUCAGGAGGUUGUACCAUAAGCAAAGGAGCAUCAAAAGAUGGCGAAACCUGUAAAUGCGUUUACAAAGGUGCAUGGACUUGUACCGGGUAUGAUGUUGGAUGCAGCGCUUCUCAGGCAAGCAUUUGUAAAGCAGGAUGUCGAAGCAGAGAUUGCUGCAAUGCUGGUGGAGGUGAUUGUGGUGGGUAUUGAACAUUUUGCAGUAUCACCAGUUCAUCAUUACUCUUCAUUGAACAUUUCAUAUACAAGUUGUUCGAAAGUUUUACAUAAAAUCUUACAAAAAAUACAUGCUAUUUUUAUCAAUUUA